AGAACACGCAGACAAGCUGCAUCAGCUGCAUCACUCACAUAGUGUGCAACUGGGCAGCUCGAGAAUACCGUUGGCAGCCUUCAAUUCAGCCGGGAGUGCAUGUCUAGCCCGGCAUGCAGGCGUUGAGCAAGGUUGUGUCCUGCUUCUGCCCCCCUGCCCGUGAGCAGCGGCCGGCUUCGGCCGCGCCGGUUUCAGCCGCGCCCGAGCGACGCCUGAGACUGGUGCAGCUCGCCAACCUGCCUGCGCAGGACUUCACCCACAAGGAAGGGGCGGCUGCCGAGCAUGCCUGGCUAGUGAGGGCAAUCAAGUCAGAGCGCUGUGUCCCCAUCACGCUCUGGGUCUUAUACCGCGAGUGGGUUGAUGAUGUCAUAGACGGCCAGGUGGAGCAUGUGGACUCGUGGCACCACUUUGUGGUGGCCCGUGCACUUGGGCUGAACCUCUCCAAGACCAAGGAGGUGAAGCCCCACGAGGCCGCGGACUUGUUGGCCCUGCUUGCAGAGGACAGGAAGCUGGGCCCUGGCGAUCCCGCCACCUGCCUGGAAGCUUGGCUGGAAGCAACGCGCGAGGCCUUCGACUUCCGCUUUCGAAAGGCCCACCACAGAGGCUUCGACGGCUUGACGCUGGAAGAGGAAGGCUCUUGGGAAGGCGAGUUCUUCUUUGUGCAGUUGGCUGACCCGCAGCUUGGCAUGCUGCACGGGGACAAGUCUUGGGAGGAGGAGAAGGCCAUGCUGAGCCGAGCGGUGAAGCACGUGAACCGGCUGAAGCCCCGGUUCCUGCUGGUGAGUGGGGACUUGACCAACGCGUGGCCGGUGGGGCCACAGGCAGAUCCCAGCAGCGCCGCCAAGCAAGUGGUGGCAGUCAAAGAGGUUCUCCGGGAGGUGGACAGCUCCAUUCCGAUCGUCUUGGUGCCUGGAAACCACGACAUCGGCCAGGUCCCAACUUCCAAUGAGCUCGACUUGUAUUCCUCCAGAUGGGGUGAUGAUUACUUCUCCUUCUGGGUCGGCGGUGUAUACUUCAUGGUCUUGAACUCGCAGUUCUACAUGGACUCAUCAAAGACUGAGAGUCAGCGGAAAGACCAGGAUGCCUGGAUUGAGGCUCAGUUCGCAGCACUCAGGAGAAGGCAGCCGAAGCACGUGGUGAUGCUGAGCCACGUGCCGCCCUUCAUCGCGGAGCCCAGCGAGCCGCAAGGCUGGGCGAACUGGGAGCGUGAACCGCGGGACCGCAUCGUUAAGCUGGCCAAAGAUGCUGGUGUGAGGCUCUGGCUUUGCGGACACUACCAUGGCAAUGCCGUCGCGGUGGACGAUGACCUGGAGGUUGUGACCUGUGCUGGUGUUGGCAGCAACAUCAACUGGACUGCGAACGCAGGUGUUGUGGCCACCUCGAACAGGCCCGACUUCGACAAGUGCGUGGGGGACCCGCCCUUCUUCGCGGACGCCCAGCACUCGGGGCUCCGGAUCGUGCGCUUCGACGAAGAAGGCCCCAGGCACAGCUGGUUUGUGCUGGCUGACGUGCCUUUGAAGUUGGACGAUGCAUUCCGCCAGGAUGGCAAUUACAAUGGCUCGCCGAGAAGGAAAAAGAAGCGGGCCAGCGAAGCAAUCAACAACAGGUUGGGGCUGGACGGCAACGCGCAGGAGGACAUAUUCAAGUCACCCUUCAGGCAUCAAACCUACUGAGCGGUGCGCGAGCGUUGCGAGCGUUUUCUGCUGCGAGGGUUGCCUUCGGGGAAACCGAAAAUUGGCUGGCGGGCCUACAGUUCUUGUUAC